AUGUCCGUCACAACGCAAGCAACCAUCGCCUCCUUUGGCGGAAAGCUCCUCAAGCUCAGCCAUGCCGCCACCUCCACCCGCUGCGAAAUGUCCUUCAACCUCUACCUGCCGCCCCAGGCCAUCCAGAACCCCUCGCAGAAAGUCCCCGUCCUCAUCUACCUGUCCGGUCUCACCUGCACCGCCAACAAUUGCUCCGAGAAGGGCUUCUUCCAGCACGGCGCCAGCAAGAAGGGUAUUGCCGUGUUGUACCCUGACACCAGCCCGAGAGGCUUGAACAUCCAGGGUGAGGACGACUCCUGGGACUUCGGUACCGGUGCCGGAUUCUACGUCGAUGCCACCAAGGACCCCUACAAGGGUGGAUACAACAUGUACACCUAUGUGACGGAGGAGCUGCCCAAGACCGUCUUUGCCGCGUUCCCCCAGCUAGAUGAGAGCCGUGUCAGUAUCACCGGUCACAGCAUGGGUGGUCAUGGUGCUUUGACUCUGUUCCUCCGCAACCCCGGCAAGUACAAGUCCGUCUCCGCCUUUGCACCCAUCUCCAACCCCAUCAACUGCCCAUGGGGCCAGAAGGCCUUUGGCGGCUACUUUGGCGAGGACCAGCAGGAGAAGUGGAAGGAGCACGACGCAACGGAGCUCGUGAAGAAGUGGAAGGGACCUUUGGAUGUGCUCAUUGACGUGGGCACCGGCGACAACUUCUACAAGCAGGGCCAGCUUCUGCCCGAGAACCUCGAGAAGGCGGCCAAGGAGGCGGGCGUCGAGGGUCUGAAGGUCCGCUACCAGCCUGACUACGACCACAGCUACUACACGAUGGCGACGUUCGCGGAUGACCACGUGGAACACGCGGCCAAGUACUUGUUUGCAUAG